CUAGAGGCGCCCAACUGGGUGUUUUCUUAAGGCGGCUAUUGAGACGACCCGGAAGCGGAAGUCGGAGAAAGUUCUAGUUUGAAGUAUCGACGGGAGCGGCCGGGUGGCGCGAGGAACCGUUACGGGAACCGGAGGUGCUGAUUAAACCUGAUCAAGAUGACAACCUCCCAAAAGCACCGGGACUUCGUGGCAGAGCCCAUGGGGGAAAAGCCAGUGGGGAGCUUAGCUGGGAUUGGUGAAGUCCUGGGCAAGAAGCUGGAGGAAAGGGGCUUUGACAAGGCAUAUGUGGUCCUUGGCCAGUUCCUGGUGCUAAAGAAAGAUGAAGACCUCUUCCGGGAAUGGCUGAAGGACACAUGUGGCGCCAAUGCUAAGCAGUCCCGAGAUUGCUUUGGAUGCCUCCGAGAGUGGUGUGACGCCUUCUUGUGAUGCUCUCUAGGGAUCCCUCAAUCCCCAACCCCAGCAUUUAGUCUCCAGAAUUUGCAGCUGAGUGGGGACUCCUUCCUUGUCCUCUACAAAGGAAAAGAUUGCUAUUGUAGUCACCUCCGAUGUACUCCAGGGUCUUCUGGGAGUUUUCUCCCUUCACCAUUUCAACUUUUUUGGAAUUCUUUUGCACUUGCAUGCAUCUCCCUUUUCCUUCCCCUGCCGGUUCCAUGUUAGCAGUUACCAGCUUUCCUGAGUGGAUUCCUGGCCCCUUCCCUCACCCCCACCUUUAAUCUUCUGUCUGUCUGAUGCCAUUUGGCUCCAUUUUGGGCAGAACAGUCACUGUCCUUAUAAAGUUUUUAGAUCAAUAAAGUCAGUGGCCUUCA